CCGGGUGCGCGUGGGCGGGGGCGGCGGGCUGGCGCUGUUGGGCUACAGUGGCCAUAGAUGGCGACGGCCGUGGGCGCUGGGGGGGUCGCUGCGCGCCUGGCGGCUCUCACGCACGUGUCGGCGGGCGUUUCAACAGCGGGACUCGGCGCCGGGGGCACACGAGCGCAUGCGCAGGGCGCGGUGGGCGACAGGCUCGAUGCGCACAGCGAGGAUUCGUCCGUGGCGGCUCGGCGGCGUCGGGGCUCGCAGCGGGUCUCGAGGCGCGCGCGGGCGGAGGGUGCGGGCGUCAGUGUGCGGCCGGCGGCGAUGCUAUGUACAGGAGGGCGGCGCGCCGGGGGCCAAGGGGGGACAGGGUGAUUGGGCAGUGUCUCGCAGAGGUAUGCAGCAAUGGUGGAGGGGGCCGGCUCUGCGUGUGCAAAGUCGUUAGUCGCUGCCCCGGACACGCUCCUCUCCACCACGCCUCUCCCUCCCAGCGCUCACGGCAGACGCGCAGCCUGCGUCUCUCUACCCGCCGCCAUGCCCGCCGCCCCUUGCAUCUGCAGCGCACGCAGCCUGCUGCCACCGCGACGCUUAGUAAUGAGCAUUUUGCCGGCUAGUCGAGGCGGGCGGCAGCACGCGGGCCGUCCAAUCGGCGCGUGAGGCGUGAGCGUCAUCGCAGCGGUGCACCCUCGAACUUUCUGCACGCGAGCUCUGCAGUCC